AUGUUGGUGUUGAAGAAACUUGGUGUUCAAACCGGUGGUCUUGGAAAUGGUGGAAACUUCAAGAUCACCCUACAAGUUUUCUUCAGUAGCUACCAGAGGAAUCUUCAAGAUCACCGUACAUUAAAACUUUGUUACAGGGAAACCUCCCGGUAUUUCAGCUCCGUCAUUGGGAUGAUUUUUCCUUUGAUGCUUGAAGCUGAUCUACCACAAGUAACAAAAGUGAUGGGAACCCAUGAAUCCAUGGGGCGGAAAAAAUUCCACCAGUUACCUGUAUUUGUUCUCAAGUCCAACACCAUGGCACGAAUGGAUGAAGAACCAAAACGAAAACCAUUUCUGGAAGAAAUUGAUGCCUUGGAGGAGGUUCGGCUAGCGAUAAAGUACAUAGUGAUUCCUAGGGGAGAGGCCAUUGAACUUCUUCCGAGACGUUCUGAAAUUUAUAAACACAUGGACUGUCUUACAAAUAAUGAUUUUUUAAAUGUCCUUGUUUUUUUAGUGCCAGGCGAACAAAUUGCGCUUCCUUCUGCUGAGGUGGCUACUGCAGUCCUGGCAAGAUGA